AUGGCGCUGGGCUUUUUGAUCUCGGCGUUGAUUCUUCCGGUGGCGGCGUCCAUUGAUCAUAUCCACGAUCCUGACUGGCGAGCCUUCAAAAGUAAGUUUAUGAAGAGCUACGGCAGUAAGGACGAGGAGGAAGCGCGCUACAAAUUGUUCAUUCAAAGCCAAGCCCGUGUGGAGCUGCUGAACCAGUUGAACGGCGAGAAGGUCUUUGGCAUCACCUGGAUGGCCGAUCGCUACGACACUGAGAAGUACAAGAGGGGGCUGAAGAAGCCCAAAGGCUUCGUUCCCACGGCGCCGGUCUACAACUUCUCCGCGCAGCAGAUGCGACUGGCCGCCGAUGCGGUGGACUGGCGCUUGACGGAGGCAGUGACGCCCAUUAAGAAUCAAGGUCAAUGUGGCUCCUGCUGGGCCUUCAGUGCCACCGAAGCCGUUGAGUCGCAGCUCAUCAUGGCCUCAGGCGGCAGGUACGACAUCGAGUUGUCUCCGCAGCAGAUUACCAGCUGUGCUCCAAGCACCGGCGAGUACGGCUGCCAAGGCUGCAAUGGAGGCUUCACGGAGGGUGCCUACGACUACCUGAAGACCGCGCCGGGUUUGGCGAACAGUUUCUACAUCCCCUAUGAGCAGAGUCUCACGGAGACCACCUCAACUGCCUCGUGCCCCAAGUCCAAGGUGGAGGCCAUGAGCGGUCCCUACAUGGAGCUCUCUGGUGGCUAUGCGCAGGUCACAGGUUAUAGCUACGCGAUUCCACCUUGCACUGAAGGCACCUGCGAACAUCAGGACUUGAAGGGCCUGGCCACGGCAUUGCAAGAGUCGCCUGUGUCCAUUUGUGUGAACGCCGAGACUUGGAACGACUACACCGGUGGCGUCUUGACCUCUGCGGCUUGCGGCCCCAUGGGAGCAGACUAUCAGGACCAUUGCGUCAUGGCCGUGGGUUACAACAGCACCGCACCCAAACCCUAUUGGAUCGUGCGAAACAGCUGGGCCUCCACCUGGGGAAUGGCUGGCUACAUCUACCUGGAGAUGGACAAGAACACUUGCGGCCUUGCUGAUGACGUGACAAUCCCUCACGUGAAAGUGGACAUGAGCGAAGAGGAGCGUGUUGAAGCUGCGGCACGCCGCGAUGCGAUGUUUCUGGUUUUUGUCAAGCCAAUCGCCAUCAUGCGCUUCCUUCGGCAUGAAAAUGUGGUGAGGUGCUACGAUGUCUUCAUGGAGGGGCAAUUCGUCAGCGUGGUCAUGGACCUCUUCAACGGCGGCGACUUGGUGGACGGCCUCAAUCUGCACCGACGGGCCCAAGGCCGGCUGCGAAAUUGGCAGCUGCGCUUGUUGGCCAAGCAGAUGACGGCGGCCGUCUGCCAUGUACAUAGCCUUCAGAUUAUCCACCGGGAUGUGAAGGGUGAGAACUUCUUGUCUGACCGGCCGAACAUUGGCGACCCACACGUUCGAUUCCGGCGAUGGUUCAGUGCCAUGGCUUCCCCAUGUGGGCUCGUGCUCAAAGUGCUGUUUCUGCUGCCUUGCCUCAGCAGUACCCAACAGGCGGAUGCGCUGCUGGCCGACGACGAAUGUCGCGAUGCCAACGGCCAGCCCUGUGCCUUGAGCACCCUGCAGCUGAACGGCCGAGGCCGUGCAUUGGUGGGCUGUCACACCACGGUGCGAGGGGAACGAUGCUUCCGAGAGAUUCAAUGGGCUCGGACGGUUGGCAUGCGUUCACAUCCCGAGUGGUAUCCUAACUUGACGCUGGAGUCGUCCUUGUUGGACUUUCAGAAGUUCCUCUACGAACGCUAUCCAGGCAAAUGUCCCAUCCCUUGUGGGGUGCCUUUGCCUCGGAAGUGGUGCCUCUGGCCCAACGCCACCAACCUGUCAGCGCCUUCUGCGGGGCCGGCGCUUAGCAUUAAGGUCCUUUCCUACAACCUCUUCUGGUGGAACCUCUACCGCGUCAGACAAGGUGAAGGCGACAGUGCGGGCAACUUGAUCAAAUCAGAGAUCUCCGAGGAUCAACCUUUUGACGUCAUGGGUUUUCAAGAGUGCGAAAGCGGGAUCCGCGUUUUAGAGCCCGUGGGCCUCCUCGAAAUCUUUGAAGUUCUACAAGGACCGCACGCCACCUGUUUGGCAUACCGCAAGGGUUGGUGGCGAAGCCUGGCCAAUGGUAGCAUCGAUGUGGGCGAGGACAUGCGGUCUCACUACUACGGAAGGCGAGGUGUGCAAUGGAUUCGCUUGGAGCACAACACCACGGGACGAAAAUUGCUCUUCAUGAACCACCACGGUCCCCUGGAGAUCAAUUCUGGCGGUUCCUGUGGCGGCCCCUCUAUGGCCAACAAUAUCCUGCGGGUGAUGCAGAACCAGUCACAACCAGGUGACGCGGUGAUUCUGGUGGGUGACUUCAAUGCCAAUUCAGCAUCCCUGACCAUCCAGGCCUUAUGGUCUCGAAUGGUCUUGCUGCAAAGUGGAACAUCUUUUGGAGGAGUUGACAAUAUCUUUGGUAACAUGGAUUCCAACUCUGUGAUUAGUCGCAAGAACUUGGGGAGUGGAGGUAGCGACCACGACGCCAUCGCCUGUACGGUGGCUCUGGGGAAUCCCUUGGCGAACGGCAGCGCCCCGGCCCCGGUGGCCCCGGUGGCGCCGGUGGCGCCGGUGGGCGCCAUAGGCGAUGAUCCCAUCACGGUCAGGGCCAACAUCACGGGGAUCUCCACGGCCGUGCAGGCGGCUGAAACGUUGCUCAGCAACCCGCCUGGCACUCGCUGGCAGAGCUUUUGGUGCGGCCUAUUGGAGUCGGACAUCGGCUAUGUGCCCGUGAACGACUCCUGGUUCCGUACCGUGCGUCACCGCCCGAACUUUGGUGACAGCAACGAUGUGGCGUCGCCGCAGCGGUGUUGCCGCCUCUGUCAACAGGAACCCAGGUGUAAGUCGUGGACCUGGAAAGACGGCGGGCCCAAGCGCUGCGAAAUGUUUGGUAGCGCCCCAGCAAGCAAAGAGGUCGUGCCUGGCUAUGUCAGCGGCCUGUCCGCAGCUGAAGCUUCGCUUGAGGCCGCCCGUUCUGCUCUGAGAGCCCUCAGUGGUAUGAGGCAUCCCAUUAGGAAUGCAACGAAUUCACCUUGGCUUUGCAUGCUGUGGAGCUAUCGGGCUCCACGCCUAGAUGCCCCGCCCCGCAACGAGCUGUGGCGAGUCGCGGGCACCGCGCUUUCCCAACGUGGGAAGAACAAAGAGUGGCCUGUGGCCCUGUCGGAUUUUGGCACAGCCAUCAGGGUGGAUGUAGGGGAGAAGGUCUGGACGCGCGUGGGCACGCCCGCCUUCUGGGCGCCUGAGAUCUUCAACGGGGCCUACGAGUUCAAAGUGGAUGUCUGGGCGCGGUACCUGGAAGCCUUACCAUUCGAUGGACAGGAGCAGAUCUGCAAAGAUGAUCCGGGUCGUCGUUCUGGCCACGUGGCGGUUGUCCUGAAAAGGAGAGAUGCUGGUGGCCAUGGCACACGCUCUCCUGGCAUCAAGCCCAAACUGGCCUUGACCAGAGGCGAACUGAGCAAUGAGUCGGCCGAGGGCGGCUUCUGUCAUCUUCUGCCCAGCGAGCUGCAGCAAGCAGUAGGUUCGCAGCUCCCCUGGGUGGAUUCCGAUCAUCAAGAUCGCCAGGUCUCGGCGGAAGAGCGCCAAGAGCGCCAGGUCUCAACCGAUUCCCCGCCCACGUCACCGAUGAUGCUGCCACUGGAGCCCCCGCCGCGGCCAAGAAAACACUCGGUGGCCUCGCCCACGUCACGCGCGGGCUUGGGAUCGGCCUCGGUGCAGCAGAUCUACGGCAUGGCCCCCUUGGAGUGCUGGCAACGCAAAAGCAAGACCUCGCAUUCGCGCAAUGGGCCAAAGGGGACGACCUCCAUGACACACAGCCAGGCGGUGCGAUCUGUCCAGGAUUUGAAGGGAUUGAACAUUAAACCGUCCUUUCGUGCUUUGAGUCCCAACGGACAUUUCCGAAAUUUCUGGGACUUCUUGGGAGUGGUCUUCCUAGUCCUGGAUGCUGUUAUCCUACCUUUGCAGUUUGUGAUCAACGACUUCUACCAGCAGAUGUCGGUCUUCUUUGUCAUCUCCCAGGUCCAGGUGUUCUACUGGUGCUUUGACUUGAUCUUGUCCUUCUUCACAGGGUAUUUGCACAAAGGAGACCUGGUCUCCAAUCCAAGAGCCAUUGCGUGUCGCUACUUGAGGACAUGGUUCCUGCCGGACGUGGUGGUGACCACAAUCGACAUCACUUUGGAAGCCACGCAGGGGGGCGGCAGUGCCAACAAAAGCACGAAGGUCUUGCGGCUUCUAAGGCUUUUCCGGGUGGUUCGCCUGGGCAAACUCUCGCGCUUCGCGAGCUUCCUCCGCGAUCGCUUCGAGUCGGAGGUGGCCUAUACCCAGUUCACUCUUUUUUUGGUGAUCUUGGGCAUGCUUCUCAUGGAGCAUGUGAUCGCCUGUGGUUGGUUCGGGGUUGGAUCCCUUGAGUCCGACACCGAGAGCUGGUUGAGUCAGUCAGGAGCCGCCGAGUCCACCUUUGGGAUCCAAUACACCGCCAGCUUCAGGUGGGCGCUAUCCAACCUUGGCAUCGGCGGCACCAACAUUGAAGCGGUCAGCGAGUUGGAAGGCCUUUACUCCAUCAUCGUGGGUCUAGUGUCGCUAAUGAGCUUCUCCACGGUGAUCUCGUCGAUGACUUCCUUGGUCAGCACGUUGCAGAGCAAGCGGAUGGAAGAGACGCAGCAGUUCGGCCUCCUGCGUCGCUUCCUCCGGGUGAACAGGAUCCCCGACGGCCUGGGACAACGUGUGACGCGCUUCCUGCACUUCACCUACCAUGAGCGCAGCGCCAACUCUGAGGACCCCUAUAUCCUGGACUUCCUCUCGAAAUCGCUGCAAGCUGAGCUUCGCUUGGCGCGCUAUCACGAGCAUUUGGCGAAGCUUCCCUUCCUGGCCAAGUUGUUGACCAACGACAUGCAGAGUGGUCUCCAGGAGGGUCACGUGGUGCAGACCUUGGCGCGGCAGAGCGUCUCGGUGCUGGACUUCGCUGAGGACGACGUGAUUUUCUGCACGGGCAACAUGGCGGUGGCCUCCUAUAGCAUCAUGCAAGGUUCUGUGCUCUACCUACAGAGUGGCGCAGCGGGUCGCAACCCGAACAACUGUUGGAUCUCAGAAAUGUGUCUGUGGACCCCUUGGGCACACGUGGGGGACUUGGUCAGUGCCAACUUCAGCCGAGUGCUGGCCAUCCACGUGAAGGAGUUUUGCAGUAUCAUUUGCCAAGCACCAGCUGUGCAAGUGCAAGCCCAUGCAUACGCUGUAGACUAUGUGGAGAAUUUGAAAUCGGAGUUGCAGCUGAACGACCUGCCGUCUCAGCCGGUGUUUCGAAGGCAGCAAAGCAUGCUGUCAUUGACUCUCACAGGCAGAUUCCAACGCCUUGUGAGUGUUUUCACGAAUCCUGCUAGAUCGGCACGAGUCUCACCCUGAUGUUUGUUUUGGUGUAGAUCACUUGAUCUCCGAAUGCUGCGAAACAAAUCGAUGAAAGGCUUUCGAGCC